CAGCAGACGACAGCAUCAUGGCGGAGCACAGGGCGGACGCGAGGGAGGAUUCCGAGAUGGCCGUCACCGUGGCCUCCCCAGACCCCAAGAACGUCCAGGAGCUGACGCAAUAUGUGACGGUGCUACUGCAACAGAUGCAAGAGAGAUUCCAGACCAUGUCGGACCAAAUCAUUACGAGAAUAGAUGAGAUGGGGACACGUAUUGACGACCUCGAGAGGAACAUUGCUGAUCUCAUGACCCAAGCUGGUCCAGAGGAGCCGGACAAGUGAACCGACGCCGAGAGUUAGCAGACGACAAUUUUCAGUUAAUGGAAGAGAGAGAGAGCAAAGAGAGCCUCACUUGAAACUAUUUGUCACUUGCCACAACAGAGUGGAGGUUUAGAAUAGGCUCGUUUUUUUAGUACGUUUGUGGGAAAUGAAAAAGAGGAAGAAGAGAAAAUAUAUGAAAUGGGAAUUUUUCUUGGACCAAUUAGUAUACGAAAAGGAUUUCAGAAGUAACGUUCUAUUUUAAAACACACGGUGAAAAUUCAGCAUGCAUAGCGUAAAAAAUAAAGUAUGUUCACUCAGAUGGUUAGCAGUUACCAACAAUGUAUGGAUUGUAAUGUUAUAAUAGAAUUAUGAACUGUGACUUUGUACUAGAAUCGUGAAGUGUAACAUUAUAAUGAACUGAAAUAGAUGUGCAAUAACACUGCCAUUACUAUUGUUUAUAAGGUAUAUAUAUGUGUAUAUAUAUAUCCAGAAGAUAGUUUCCUAUCAAAUGAUUUUAAUAUUUAUACAGCGCUGUAGACCAGACAGAGAGGCAGCCAGUCUUGUAGAUGGAAACAUGCAUUGUUGAAUCAGAAUAUUUUUAUUGACUGUAAUUUUUCAGAUUGAGUGAGUGAGAAAAAUGAUUUUCCUAACGGUUAAUCCAUUGAUUCUGCUUUAUGUGUAACAUUAUUUUAAUGUUAUUAAUAGAUAACAUGGUUUUGAGAGUAGGCUUUGAUACGUGGUGUUAAAAAAAGCAUUGAGAUACAUCAUUAGGCUUAAUGUCUCAGGGUUGGUUGUUGUUGCUAGAUGUUGGCAAAAAUCAAGUGUACUUUUGGUAUUUUAGACUGGCUAAUAACUGUUGGAUGAGGCGAUAACUUCAUGAUAGUAAAAAUGACUGAUAAUGAGAUUAUUAACAGUGCACAAAUAUACUUAUAGUGAAGGAGAGGAGAUGGUCUGAAAAGACAGAUAGGAUCAGCUAUACAUUCCCAGCUGUUUCUCUCUGUGACACGUCAAUAGUUUACGUUUAGUAAAUUAUUUGUCCCAGGGAUAUAUCACGUUUUGUAAAUGGCAAUAUCAAGGUCGAAGAUGCAUGAAACCUAUUCUUUAUUGCUUUAAGAAUUUAAUGUGUUUGGGGAAGUUUGAUACACCAUUCUUGUGCAUCCUCUCUCUUUGAAAUUACAGACAGUGUUUACUUUUAAUAUUUAGAUUGAGUUUAAGGAGGGAGAAGCGGAAACUAGUGUUCUUACUCUGGUCCAAAGAACUCCUAUAAGAGCACUGUUCAUUCAGCAGUCAUUCUUUUAAUGACCUGAAAGAGUGUUCUUAAAGCACUUGUAAUUUUGUAGUUAUUUCAAUAAAUAUAAUAUACCAUGUAAUCCUCUUUUGAAGUAAAUCUCUGACUGUAAGAUUAAAACAUGUGAAACAGAUAUUGAUCAGAAAUGUUAAAUGUGCCAUCAAAGUUGUUGCUUAUGAAAAAAAUGUUGGAAUACAUAGGUUGUAUCCAUAAAUACAUGGAAAGGAAGCUUGGCCAAAGAUAUUUUUAAAAUGCAUAUUAUCCUUGCAUUUUAUCAACUAUUCCCUAUAGUGUGUGCACUCUCCUUUGCCGUAUGCCAAAGAGGAUAUCCAGACACUUGACAGUUAUUACCUUCUUCAACUUCUGCCAAAUUCCCUGAACCUUGUUAUCCUCCGAGAGGAUGAAUUUCUUAACAGUUCAUCACUUAACCGACAGUCCAUGUUUAAGAUGUAGUUAUAUUAUGUAUCGAUUGUGCAUAUCAUGGUGAUCUACAUGAUGCUACAACUUGUCCAUAUCAGCUGGAGUAAUCUGGGAAGCCUCUCUUUUUUAGGUCUUGAGAGUGGACUAAAUGAAGACUGUUUGGGAGAAAAAGAUGGUCAAGUUGAAAGGGUGUGUCACGGGAAAGGUAGGAAUGUGAAAAGUGCUAUGGAAAAGAUAGGUAAUGGCUCAGAGGUCAUGGGACUGUUGCCUUUUUUUCUUUUUUCGUCCCAAGACAGAGAGUUGUAUCCAUCUUAUCAUGUUGAAUACUGUCAUCAUCUUGCAUGUGUCAUACAUGUGUAGGAAGGAAAUUGUUUUCUAUUCAGGAUCAUGUAAAAGUAAGAAUCUGACACCUUUUCUUAUGCUUUUACCUUUCAGAAUAGCUUAGACUUUGACUAAUGAGAAAUCUAGAGAGCCACAUAAUUUUUAUAUUGUGCUUUAUACUGUAUUCCAUAGUUGCACAUAAUACAUUGGUAAGGGAAUCAUCACUAGUAGAAUAGAUAGUUGUUUUAGCACAAUAUGACUUCUGAUUCUCAUCUCUUGUGUGUUUGAUUUUAUAUCUGUAUUUUGUUUGCUUGUUGAACAGUGGAUAUACUACAAAAAGAUGUGUGAUUAUGUGUCUAACAUUAUAAUAUUUGGAAACUUUUUCAGGUGCAUUAAUGAUUCCCUUUUUGUUUUUGCUGUGACUGAUAAUAUCCCAUAAGCAAAAUAUAUUAUUCUGUAUUUGUGUUGCAUAUUUCAAAUUGUAUAUGUAGUUUCUAUCACAGCAAUAUUAAAAGUUUAUUGAUGGUUUCCACCAUCCCUAUACAAAAA